AUGCCAAAGAUCUCCUUUUCAAAGGGCUUCACCAGACGCAGCAACACACCGGUUCAGUCCACUAGCAGCAGCAGAGUCUCGAGUCAGGAUACAUUUGAGGACGAUCUAAAGCGAACAAAGAAGGGUCUGGCAAAGAAAGCAAGGCAACAGCUCGGCGGCUACGCACGUGACGCUAUCUCAUUCGGAUUUCCUCGGUCUCACUUUAUCUUGUUUAUUGUUGACUCUCAACUUGUUCGUGGCGUUUUCUACGACCGUUCGGCAAUUGUUGAGUCUGGGAUAUUGGAUCUCGGAAAGAGUAAAGACCGACUUAUUUUUAGCAAGAUGAUCCAACAAUUGCGCGGCUUGUCGCCAGAAGCGCUCGGAAUAGUACCUGGCUUCAACACGAGUUUCAUGAAAGACCCCACUACUCUCCAGUAUCCUGGUCCUGCAAAUGACAACGAGCAUCCUUCAAGUGGAAAAAUUCAAGGAUCUUUCUACACAUGUCCCUACGGAAAGAAGGAAACACGCACUGUGAAGGUGGGGCGCGUUCUGUUUCGCUCAAAUGGUAUAUUUGGUCAGGGCCCCUUAGUAAUGCGAGUAAAGUGCGUCUGCGAGGGUAGUGGUCAGUGCGUUUGGUGCGGGAAGAAGUUGGUUUUGAAGCUAAGCUGGCCUAGCAAAACUCAAGCAUCCGAGAAGACGUUCAUGUACGAAUGCAAGGAGAAGGCGACGGGAGAACAUGCCUGGGUACUCAACCACUUGCCUGAAAUCUACUAUUCAUUCGACAUCGACUUUUCUGCGGAGUCGCCGCAGGCUCAGUUGAAGGAAAUUUUCGGGGAAAAGUACGAGAUGCGUGUGGUGCGUGGCAUCAUUAUGGAGGAAUUGCAUCCACUGUCAAGUUUGGAGACCGAGAGGGAAUGCGCACAAGUGUUCUACGAUAUUGUCCAAUGUCAUCAUUGGGCUUGGAAAUAUCCUCAAAUCCUCCAUCGCGAUAUCAGUGAGGGGAAUAUCAUGGUCCGCGAAAAGAAUGGGCAGAAAUACGGUGUAUUGAAUGAUUGGGACCUUGCGAGCUGGUUGAACACGCAAAAUGAAGUGUCGACAUCCAAAUUUCGAACGGGAACCAAACCGUACAUGGCGUAUGAACAACACUCGUCUCAGUGGCAAGGUCCACAUCGGUUCCGCCACGAUUUGGAGUCCGUCUUCUACGUUAUUCUCUUACUGGUUUCCCUUUAUUCCAGUCCCACUGAGAAGGUCCGUUUUCCUUCUACUGGAGAUCAUCGUUAUGAGAGGUGGCAUAAGCAGGAUGAUGGAGUUCUUCUUGGGCAGAAAGGAAAUAUCGUUUGUGCUGGGAAUUGGCAACCCUUUCCGCAGCCCUUCUUCAGCGGCUUCAAUUCAUGGUUGAUCGCACUCCAACGCUCUCUUUUGUAUGGUUUCAUUGGACUCAAUAUGCACAUAAUGAUGGAGAUAGAUGCUCAACAAGCCCGCGAGAAUAACGAAGAAUCUAUGGGGGUACCGUACUUCGAUGAUGAUACCCUAGGUGGCCAUUUUUCUUAUGAAAAAGUUGUUUCUGUCAUGCAUCGAUUCAAGAAGGAGGAGCUCAACACCCGCGGUCGUGAAUGGCAGAAGAUACUCCAAGUGCCAGUUUAA